AUGUUUCGCACGCGCCCGACAACAGCAAUUUGGCUCGCCAUGCUGAUUGCGCAGCUGCUAUUUAUGGCACGCAGCGCCUUUUCGAUCCCGCUGCAAGAUGAGUAUGAGCGUGACAAUGCGAAGAGAUCCUUGACUAUUGUCAUCACGUCCGGCGGUCCACUGCUGAACCGGCGCAAAACCCUGCUUGCAGCUCGCGGCGAAAGGCAGGUGUUGCUCCCUGCGAAUGCUCGCGGAUUGAGUCGGCCAGCGACAGCAAUAGCAGCAGAGGCGUGGCAAGGCUCGAUCGUGACGGGCCUCGCGACCAAGGUUGGACCGGCAGAUCAUCACAACUUAGCGCAGCCUCAGCCUCAAGAACUGUUUCAUUCGCCCAACAUGCUUCAUCGAGUCACAACUCCCCAGCUUGAACAGCAGCUCGGCGGGCUCGGUGAUUUAGGGUCCUCAGUCGACGAUGACGCAGAGGAUUCCCACCGUCGCAAAGCUGGCAAGAUGAGGAGCACACCCAGAAUGUCGCGCCGGUGGGGUAUAACAGGCAUGAUCACCCUCCACCCCGUCAAAGAGAGUUGGAGGACAAAGAAGAAAGUCCAUGGAUGA